AUGAUGCGCCGAGCAGCCCGAGGUUUCAAUGCCCAAUGCAUCACGACAAACAAACGCCGUAGUGUUUUACUACACGAUCAUAACUGUUUGUUAUCCACCAGUGCUACCGAACUCGAGUGGAUAAAAAAUCGCGAUCCGUAUUGCAAUGUCGGCGAAUCCAUAGCCGCCAAAAUUGGUGUCAAUCUACAUCGACAGCCGAAUCAUCCGCUGUAUAUUAUAAAGAAAAAGGUCGAAAACUACUUUGAAUGGCUGCACCGAAGCAAGGGAGCUCCCGUGUUCACUGUAUUUGAUGAUCUGGACCCGGUGGUGACAACGUACGACUGCUUCGACUCGAUGCUCGUGCCCAAAGACCACAUCAGCCGCAAGAUCACGGAUACGUACUACGUGGAUAGAGACCGCGUAUUACGUGCACACACUAGUGCACACGAAGUAGCAACGAUGAAGAAAGGGUUUACGUCGUUUUUGAUCACGGGCGACGUCUACCGUCGCGAUGAGAUUGAUGCGAGUCACUACCCGGUGUUCCAUCAGAUGGAGGGCGUACGGAUCUUUUCAGAGCUUGAUGCAGAAACACCACGUGAGGAGAAGGUGGCGCAUGUGAAAGAAGAACUGAAGAAAACGUUAGAAGGGAUGACAAAGGAGCUUUUUGGGGAUGUGGAGAUGCGGUGGGUGGAAGCAUACUUUCCUUUCACGGAGCCAUCACUUGAGCUGGAGAUUUUCUUCAAUGGUGACUGGCUGGAGGUGCUCGGCUGUGGGGUUUUGCAGCAGGAGAUUGUACGCAACGCUGGACUGGGCGAGGACGUUGGCUGGGCAUUUGGUCUUGGCCUCGAGCGCCUUGCCAUGGUGCUCUUCGAUAUCCCGGAUAUCCGUCUCUUCUGGUCCCAAGACAAGCGCUUUCUUUCGCAGUUCAGAGACGACCAUAUUACCAGGUUCAAGCCGUACAGCAAGUACCCUGCUUGCUUUAAGGACGUUAGCUUCUGGCAUAAUGACGAUUUCCACGAGAAUAACCUGUGCGAAGUUGUGCGCGACAUUGCUGGCGACAUGGUUGAGCAAGUGGCUGUCGUGGAUGAGUUUACGCACCCGAAGACUCAACGUCAGAGCAAGUGUUAUCGCAUCACGUACCGUCACAUGGACCGCAACCUUACAAAUAGCGAGGUUGACGACAUUCAGGAGAUUGUCCGCGAUAAAAUGGUGAAAGAUCUUGGUGUUGAGCUCAGGUAG